AUGAGUACCGAAGCCAAAGAGAAGGGUAGGUAUUAUAUCCAAGAGCUCUUUGGCUCGAUCAGAACGAUGUCUAAGACAAAUGGUGAGAAAGGAAUGCAAGAAUUAAAGAAUACUUUGCCUCUUUGCGAUGAAGUUUUCGGUAGAUAUCGAAACAUUGCUAUCUCCAUGGAUGUUGAUGAAGAUUCCGACAGAUCGCUUAAAAUACAGAGUAGAGUAAAGAAUUUCAAGAAAAAUAGAGUUGAAUCUUUAGAUACUCUUUACACAAAGUCGUAUAAACAACUCAUGGACUCCUUAUCCACAAUAGAUGAAAGUUUUGAAAGGCUUAGCAAUGAGCAAAAGAAAUCAUAUCAAAACAGUCAAUCGAUUUUAGAAACUUUAAUCUCAAAUCAACAGCAAGUAAUGAACAAGAAACUCGAUCAAAAGCGAGAAGAGCAUAAUAAAACAGUUGCUUUACUAAAUGAACGAAUUACUGCUGCUAAUUCUUCAAUGAAUGAAAAAAUACAAGUUGAAACGCAAAGGUUUACUGAUCAUUUUGAAAAGCAGCUUAGUUCUAAACUAGAUGCUUUAGAAAUGACCAAAUAUGCUACGAAAAAAGCUUCAGAUGAUUUAAAUGCUGCAAUUGACCAAAGAAUGAAAGAUGUCACUCAAGUAAUUACUCAAAAUAAUGAAACACUUAAAAGGCACAAAGAAAGACUCGACGAAAAACUAGAACCCGAUGAGAAAAAAGUUCUCGAAUUAAAGCAAUCCUACGAAGAUUUACAGAAGAGCCAUACAGAAGUAGGACCUGCAUUAGAGUCUAAAUGGAACCAAGUGAAAGAAGAAUGCGAAAGACAAUUCAAAGAAAACGAAGCAAAUUUAAAUCAACAAAUUUCGGAAAAGAAAUCGAAAAUCGAGUUCCUUGAGAACAAAAAUAGAGAGAUUAAACAACAAAUCAAAGAAAAUGAACUGAAAAUGAAAGCUACAAUUGAAGAAAAACAAAAAGAGUACGAAAACCAGCUCCAAGAGCUUAUAGACAAUCACGAUACGAAUAUUGAGAUUGCUAAGAAAGAAAUAACAAUGAGUCUUGAAGCAAAAUUAAUGAGAAUGACUGAUUCUUUGAAUCAAUUACGAAAUUCUAUUGAAAAUGAUAAAGAUAAAUCGAAUGCGGACUUGGAAGAAAAGGAAAGACUUUAUGCUGAACAUAUUAAGCAGAUUAAAGAUCAACAUGAUGCUGAAAUUAAGAAAAUGGCCGAUGAAGUAAAUAAUAUUGAAAAUGAAAUCACUCAAACUAAAGAACAAUGGAGAGAAGAUAGAGCUACAAUCAAUCAGCAUUUCGAUGAUGAGGAAAAAGAAGCAAAAAGGCAAGGCGAAAAAGAUAUAAAAUAUUAUAACGCAAAAAUCGAAGCUUUGACACGCGAGCUUGAAGCUAUUAUUGCAGAAAAUAAGGUUAUUCUCGGUGAUACAUCCGAUGAAGCGAAUAAUGAAGAAGAAGAGGCUGCAGAAGAAAAACAACAGAGAAUUGAAAUGGAACAAAGGGUCCAAAACGCAAUUAACGAGAAGAUGAAAGCUCUUAAGGCUCAGCACGAAGCAGAAUUAGAGCUGUUAAUGCCCCCGCCUUUGUCUACCGGAAGUUCGAGUAUAUCAUCAUCUCAAAUCUCCCCGAGAGAUGAUGUUUUGAGGACACCUGUGAUGAUGGCUGAAAGUCCUGUUCCGAAAUACUCCGAAAAAACUCCAACAAAGAAUUCUGAGAAGCAAAAUCCACUGAAAAUCGAAAUUCCUCCAUCACCUAUUGCUGAUAUAUCUAAAACACCUGUAGCAAAGACUCCUUCAUCAUCACAAAAGACUUCUUCAAGAGAUACUUCAAGAUCAACUUCCAGAUCUACAUCAAGAUCAACAUCAAGUCCACUUGAUGAGCCAGUAAAAAUCCCUACACCUACAUCAAGCCCUGGAAAAGAUCCAAUUGUUAUUCAAGAUACAAAUUUGGACAAAAAGAGGCAAGAAUUCAUGGAAGUUCGUCGUUCUCUCAAAAGAGAAGAAGCUGAAGGUCUUAAACAAUUAGAAGACACAAAGAAUAAUUACAUGGAAGCUAUGAAUAAUACUUUUGAACUCAAAAUGCAGUUGGAAGAAGCUCAAAAGAACUACGAAGCAGCUCUUCAAAAGAAGAAAGAUGAAACAAGUGGAAAUAUUAAGAUCCUGAAUGAUGAAGUCGAAGCUAGAGAAAGAGCAAUUUAUUUACUUGAAGAAAAGUUCUCUCAAAACGAACAGGAAGUUCUAAGAAAGAUGAGACAGAUAGAUACUGUUGAAUCAAGGAUCAGUGAACUUAAAAUGAAGCUUGAACAAGAAAAAGCAAAAAUUGUCGAAGCAAUUAAACUCGAAUAUCAGCCAAUGAUUGUCCAAGAACAAGAAAAAUCCAUGCAGAUAUCACAACAACUCGAAAAACUCAAAUCCGACCUUGAAUUAAAUAUUGAAUAUAUCCAAAACGAUCUUUGUGGUGUAGAAGCUUCAAACCAAGCACUAGAAGAUGGUUUAAGAGCUGAAACGCUUGAUAUCGUUGCAAAAGCAAGAGAAACUUAUACAGAAGAGCUUCAUACGAAAGAAGAAGAAGUUAUUAGCAAAUUAAAUAGUGAUGAAUUGGAUCAUUAUGAAGAUGCGCAGAUGCAGAUCGAAGCUGCAAGAAAAGAUGCCGAAGAAAGAAUUAAAGAAAUUAAUGAUAAUUACCAAGCGGUUCAAAACAAAUAUAACGCUGUUGUAGAUGAUCUAAAUGAAAGAUGUAUGGAGAUGUUGACUCACAUCGCUGAUAAAAAACGUGAAAUUCGUGAAAUUAUGGAAAAACCAUGCGAAAAGUGUCCAAUAUUAGAUAAGAACAUAAAGAAGCUUGAGAAGGCACUUAUUAAGCUCCAAAUUGAAGAUAGGAAUUUGGUUUUGGAUGAGAAAAAUAAAACUGAGAUGUUCAAUACAUUUCAUAAGAAGCAGAAACUUCCUCCAUUACCACCAUCAUAA